GCAGGAAGUGCGUCGCGGCGUCUGUCAAAUUCUUACAGUGAAGAAUGUUGAGUUUACCAAGCUGGAGGGGAAGAUGCUGAUAUUAAUGUUGGUGUCAGAGAAGAGUGUGUAAAUUGAGGAUUUUCAGCGCAGUCGGACAAAUGAGUGUGCGCGCGUUGUGGAUAAUUUCUCACGAGAAGGGAGACAAUGUGUCCAUACGCUUUUCGAGGAGGUUUUCUACUGUGGAGCACCGUGCAAAGAGGCUGGCAGGUUCCUGGUAUGUAGCAGUCCCAGAUGAAAACACUGUGCUGCAGCUCCUGCUCACUGAGCUGGGGCUUUCAGACUCAAACAAGCCCUAUGUAGCUCUCAGGGAUGACUGCCUUCAUUGCCAGCGAUCACCAGCUCUGGAGCUGCGUGUGGAUGGCCCUGCAAAGGCCGUACUAUGGCCAGUGUUGGCCAUCUCACAAGGGCCUCUCAUCCUAGCUUGCCUGCCUCUUGUGGAUGCCCCUGCAGAGCCACGUCCACCCCUUGCCAGCCUGCUGUCUGUCUCCCAGGGCCUCACGCUUCUUGCAGGUCUGCAGACUUUUCUCCUCGGCUCUGGGGGUAAGCUUGACAGCGAGGGGCUGGCCUCUCGGCUGGCAAUGCUGCCCGCUGUGCUCCUGCAGGUUUGUCCGCUUGGCACACCCCUGGAUGUGCCACUACUGGGUGCACCUGCCACAAACACAGUGCCCGCUCCUGCUGGUAGCCAAAAGCAGCCAGCCUGGAAGACGGGUCUCCACCGCGGUCGAGCUGUGGUGAACGUGGCCCUGGCAGAAACAGUACGCUCCAUGCAGUAUGGUAACCGGAGCAGACAGGACCUGUGGGAUGUUUUUGGCACUGUGACAUGCAAAUGUGAAGUGGAAGGAGUGCUCCCAAAUGUGACGGUGACUCUCACACUGCCGCCAAAUGGUUCUCCACUACAGGACAUCCUGGUCCAUCCUUGUGUCACCUCACUGGACUCUACUAUCCUCACUGCCAGCAGCGUGGAUAACUAUGAUGGCUCAGCUUUCUCUGGGCCAUACAAGUUCCCCUUCUCUCCUCCUCUGGAGCCAUUCAGACUAUGCAGCUAUACAUCUCAAGUCCCCGUUCCCCCUAUCCUUGGUUCGUAUCAACUGAGGGAAGAAGACAACCAGCUGCAUGUGUCGGUAACCCUCAAACUUCAUGAGAGUGUGAAGAACAGCUUCGAGUACUGUGAGGCACACCUGCCAUUCUUUAACAGAGAUCAGAUGGGUGUUGUGGAUGUGAAGGUGAGCUUCGGACAGCUGGAUACCUCAAAGGAGAAGAACCUGUUGGUCUGGGCUCUGGGACAAAAGUUCCCUAAAUCUCGUGAGGUCACAAUGGAGGGCAAGAUCAGUUUUUCUGGGCCAACAGCAGGACCCACUGACCCCCUCUGCACAGAUCUUACAGCUUACAUCAAAUUGUAUUUUAAAGUGCCUGACAUGACGUUGUCUGGAUGCUGCGUGGACCAACAUUCAGUGCAGGUUUAUUCCUCUGCCAAGCCAAGGAUUGUAACAUCCCGAGAACUUCUGUCCAAAGAGUACUUCAUAUGGAAUUCAACAGGAACUGCUCCGGUAUCCUCUGGGCAGAUGAUGCUAUAGCAUGGAUACGUUGGUGUAUAGGUGCACAGUUAUACUAUACUGUGGCACGACUGAAGACUUUUUAAAGAAUAAUGGAGUGAUCCAGACUGGAUAUGUGAGCCCAUAAAAUGUAUUUGUUACUAUCUUGUUGUUCCUAGAGAGCUUACAAAUGGUAGAAAAUGUAAAUAGCAGUGGGAAUAACUCAUACAAUUUUACAAGUUAUCUCACAUUUUCAUGGAAUAAAGUCUUUUGUCUUGCAGAAUUAUGGAUUUUGUUGUUGGAUGGACACUUAAAAAAAAAAAAAAAAAAAA